AGCAGUUUGUCAUCACAUACAACCUUUCGGUUGCUAUCUUUGAUCGGUAGUUUCUGAGGUAGAUUUUGAAACAUCGACAAAAAACACAGCGGAUGGCGACGAAGCCGAAGAAAAGUAUGCCCAGCGUCAACGGUAACGAAACAUUGUCGCCGUCGGGUCGUCGCAAAGGGUCCAAGCUCACCCGUUUGCUGAGAGGCAAGAAGCCUCCGAGCAGAACGGCAAGAUCCACGGCCACGCCACUGGACGAGGGAAAUCGAUCGAUGGAACGAGAGCUUCGGAGCAAGCGGCCAAGAAGAAGCAUUCAGAGACCAAUCAGCUAUACACUAGGCGAGGGCGAACACGACGAGGACGAUGGCGUGUACGUAUCUAGGAACGAAGAGAAAGAAGAGGGCGACAAAAGUGCCGGGGAUGUCGAAGACAAGCAGAAUAAUCGUUAUGCUGGCGCUGGAACGAAACGGAAAGCGGAUGAGGCGAUGCGAGAACAGCCACCGUCCCUAGACAAGGAGAAGACCUUUGAUUGUCCGCACUGUGAAAAAGCCUUCAAAAAUCUGAACGGGCUGAAAUACCACAUCGACAAGAUGGUGUGCCGCGGAGAGGAUGGAUCCCGCCGGAAGCAACCGAGGCGGAAAUCCCCUCGAGCAACAGCAACCACGAAGUCAAAGUCCGCAAAAUUUCGCGGGACCGUGGAAGAGCGGACGUGUCCGCAUUGCAAUCGCCUAUUCACUAGUGCUCUAGGUGCGAGGUACCACAUAGGUGAGCAAAGUGAAGCACAGCACUACAGCGUAUUCCAUUCCGUUUCUAUUCUUUGACACUGGAUUUCUAACGAAAGUGUUGGGCGAAAACUCUUACGUCGUUUUGAACUCUUUCCUUGUAUCGAUACAUACCGCGACCAUAAUGGAUGAAAUGGACGAACUGUAUGCCUUUCACGAAACAACCACAAACGCAACCACACCGUAGAGCAAAAGGUGUGUCGAAAAACUCCGGUUGCGAUCACGAGCGACCACAAGCUGCUACCGUUUCCAACGUUGAACCCUGGGCAACAAUUUGUCACCAAAUUUGGUGUGGUUGAGGUGGUCAGGGACGACAGAGCCAUUCCCACUGCCGUUUUCCCAAAAGACAUUCAGGAGCGACACCGAAAGUUCAAAAAGUCCGAGGCUUCCAAAGUGCACAAGGAAGCCGGAAAGUAUGUUCGACGGUCCAGCAAGCUUCGGGUGCGUCGCAAUGCCAUCAAUGCCGUUUACGAAAAAGGCAACGUUCACCGCCGGUCCAUCUUUGAGGCGUACUUUGAUGGGGACCCGGAACACAUGAAGAGCGUCAUUUGCGCUAACAAGGCCCUUGUGAGUGGCAGCACAGAAACCAUUUUGCUCUCCGAGGCCGAUGUCACUCCUUUGGCCACCAAGGCGAGGGAUCCAAAGGAACCAGAGGAUUCCUUCCCGAAUCGCAUCGUAGAAUGCAUAUGGAUACCCGACGAGCGAACGCAUGUUCUGAGCCUCCAGAGAAACGACCCUGUCAAACGAGACCACGGGCAGCGACAAACCGAACAACGAUGCCAAAAACUGUUUUUGCGACGAAGACUCCUUACAGAACCGUACGAGAAAGCCAUUCGUGUGUCUUAUUGCUCGGAUUGUGGACGUACCUUCAACUCUGCAAGCUCUCGAAGGUCGCACUGUGUGCAGAAGAAAUGCAUUCAAGAGGCUGCUAUCAAAAAGGUGAAACGCGACGCCAUUCAAUCGAGGAUCGAACGGGAAGUUUGUGACAUUCUUCGAUUCCCAGAACGAAGAAAAUUCGUCAAAAAGAGAAAAGCCGAUGACUCGAUGAUAGAUGAGAGUGGAAACAAGAGACGGUGGAAAAAGAAGAAAAAGCGCGAGCUAAGUGUUUAUCCCGGAAUCUUGAUUGGCAUGGGUUUCAAGUUGGUUUCGAAACGGAGAAUAAAUGUCCCAGAAGUCAAACAAGAAGGAAACCAACCUCUACGAGCGUCGUUGUUGAGGGGUGGGGACGACGAAAUGGAUCAUUUGCUCGAGAAUCUGAAGGGCGCGUUCCAAAUUCAAAAGCGUAAGGCGAACGAUCAAAAGUACGGAAGCAUGUAUGCCGAGGUCUACAAGGCACUGGGGUUCAAGUAUCCGGGCAAAAAGAAAGGGGCAAAUGUGGGCAACAACAUUGGCAAGAAAAAGAGGCGAAAGCGAGCCGUGAAGCCCAAGCCAGCCCCUCCUCCCAAACCACUGCCACCCGCCAUUGACGUGGGAGCGUUGGUGGACGAAAUAAAAUCCGGUCGCUAUCCUAGCAUCAAAGUUUUUACAGGGGAACACCAAGACUUUUGUAUUGUGUGUAAGAAGGGUGGCACUUUGUUCUGUUGUGAAUAUUGCAGCAACGUGGAACACUUCAGCUGCAUUCGAACGAAAUACACUCUCAAAGAACCCGAGCCCGACGAAGACUUUAUGUGCCACAGGUGCAUUGGCGUAAUAUUAUCUCGAAGAGCCCGUGCGGAGAAGCGUCGAUUAUUGAAACAAGGAAUGAAUGAAAAAAAGAAGGAGGAAGAGGAAAAGGCUCAAGCUGUGAAGAGCCCUACCGAAGGAAAAGAGUAUGAAUAUAUGGCAGCACAGGCUCGAGAAGUGAACGAGCUUGUAGAAUUACUGAAAGACUCUCAGAUCCGAUUGAGAAGAAGCAUCGAAACAACAAAAAUGAACAAUAUCAGGAGGCAAGUUAUCUCUGGUGUUUAUCCGGAUGGAUAUUCUCCGCCCUACUGGAACUAAAACACAUUUAGUUCGCUGUUUUUUAAUGAAAAAGAUUGAUGUUUAAUGCAUUUGCGUAUGCAGUAAUUGCGUAUGCAGUAAUUGCGUGUGGUAGCAUCAACCAUUAGAAAUUCCGUAGCUCGUUCGUAAAACGUUUUUGGAUUUGUUUCUGCCACUGUUUUAGUCGCUUUGGAUUCCCUUUGGCUAUCUCGUCAUCGUCUGCCCCUACAACAAUCGCUGCGGCUAGUACUCCCCCCGCCAAGUGGUUUAUUCUUGGCGUGAAUCCAUGAAAAUGUGCACUAGUUCCACCUCCGGCACCAUGCAUCGUUGAUGCCCAACUAUGUUUCGGGAGUAGACCUAAUCCACUUCCUGUUUUCGAUAAAAUAGAACCCUGUACGUUUGAACAUGACACGCACUGUGGAUAAAAGCGAAACUUAACC